GUGACAAUGAACGGACAUCGCGCGCUGCGUUUGCUCUUUAUACUCACCAUAGCACUAUGUCAAGUCUCCUGCAAUGAUACACAGCAUAUACAAAGACUGGAGAUAUAUGAUGGUGUAUACGCAAAGAUUCCAGAUGAUAACAACACGGAUACCCCAAUUUCCUUUGAGGUAGACCUUGGCAAGGAUGUGGAAAGUGGACGUGGAAAGCAGAAGAAAUUAUUGGAGCGACUCUUACCGAUGAUGGCAAUGCCGUUUGUAAUACAAUCCAUGGUCGUGCCAAUUUUCCUCGGCAUGAUUAAGUUUAUGCUGUUUAAGUCUCUUAUAAUCGGUAAACUAGCUUUAGUAUUGAUUAUCAUUAAUGCGUUUAGAAACAGUAAUAGUGUGAAGGGACGUGACGCAGACUUAGCCGCGAUAAAUUACGGAUUCAGUGGACAUGAAAACGAAUAUACAGGUGCUUAUAUUAAUGUCAAUAGAGCCAGUUUAGGUUAGAGAAAUAUGUUAUUAUUUUUAACGAUGCUUUAAGACUGAUGCUAAAAGAAACAUUUCGAAAAUGCUACGUAGAUUUUUCUGUAGAAAAAAUGACCGUCAAAUAAUUGCUUUAGAAAAAUCUAAGUCUCGCAGCAUUUACGAAAUAUAAUUGGAAAAGUAAAACAUUGUUGGUUCAUACAUCUCCACUCACGCUCCAAUAUGUACUCAACAAGUUAUUAAUGUUGUAUUUUUGUUAUGCAUCUUGAUAAAAAUCUAUAUAUUAGAAGCACAUUAGACCCAAACAUAAAGGAAUAUUGUCUCCAAUAGAAUGCAACAUAUGACAAUACAUCGUCCAAUUUGAAUUCCAUCAAUUUGAUAUCAGCAUAUUCCCUCCACUCGCAAUAGGGCAUACAUCCCUUAGAUUUUUGAUGAAUGUAUUUAAAUAUUUAUUAAAUGUCUAAUUCAUUAAUUGCGUUAAAAUUGUUCUAACAUCCUGUACAAUAGCAGUAUGACAACGCAACGCAUACGUGAAUGUGUUGAAACUGUACCAACAGAAACAUGGCUUUCAUAGUUAAUUUUAAUUUUGAGUAUUAGUAAGAACACUUCGUACCUGUUAGAGGCAUAUAAAAUACGUGCUAAAUACCUACAAGCUUCAAUAGCUUAAAACAUAUGUUAAUAUAUAUAAAUUACGUGUCACGUUGUUUGUCCGCUAUGCACUCCUAAACUACCGAACCGAUAUGAAUCAAAUUUGCACUCCGAGUG